GCUGAGAGAAGCAAACAAGCUAGGAAUCAUCCAUGGCAGCCUCAGCUGUCUUCCAUUCUUGGAGGUCAUAGUGCCUACUAGAUCAGCUAGCUGGUAGAGAGAGAGAGAGAGAGAGAGUAGAGGGCAUAAGCUAGCUGCCGCAGCAGUAGUCUGUGCCCGAGAAGUGAGUAUUACAGAAAAAGGGGGAACUGGGUUUGGAGCAUUUUGAGGAGAUUAGGUUGGUUUUGGGUCUGAGUUGAAUUGGUCUUGGAAAUUAACGUGGUUUUGGUGUUGGGAUCUGAAUUGAUCGUCAGACAUUAAUGGGGAGGGUGUGGGGUUACUGCAGAUUUAAUUCUGCUGCUUUUGCUGCAACUCUCUUCUUUUAUGGUUUGUGCUACUCAGACAAAGCUCCAAACUACUCCUUCCUCCACGACGCAAGAUCAGCUCCGGCGAACGCCUACUACGACUACAUCAUCAUCGGCGGCGGAACCGCCGCCUGCGCUUUAGCCGCAACUCUCUCCCAAGGCGCGAGAGUCGUAGUCCUUGAGCGAGGAGGCUCUCCCUAUGGCAACCCCAACGUCUACAACGUGGGCUCUUUCGCCGCCUCUCUCGCCGACGUUUCGCCGUCCUCGCCGUCGCAGCCCUUCGUCUCCGAGGACGGCGUGUACAACUCGCGCGCCCGGGUCCUCGGGGGCGGGACAGCGCUGAACGCGGGAUUCUACUCGCGGGCGAGCGCCGAGUACGUGGCGGAGGCGGGGUGGGAUCCGCAGGGAGUGGCGGAGGCGUACCGUUGGGUGGAAGGGAAGGUGGUGUUCGAGCCGGAGGUGAAGGAGUGGCAGGCGGCGGUGAAAGACGGGUUGCUGGAGGUGGGGGUGUUGCCGGAUAAUGGGUUCACUUAUGAGCAUUUGUACGGGACGAAGAUUGGGGGAUCCAUCUUUGAUCGGAGCGGCCAUCGGCACACGGCGGCGGAUUUGCUGGAGUAUGCUGAUCCGGGAAGGAUCGCCGUUUAUUUGCACGCGACGGUUCAGAGGGUACUGUUAAGAACAAUUGGAAAUCCAAGACCAAGAGCCUACGGCGUGGUGUUCAAGGACGCAUUAGGAGUGAUGCACGGUGCGUUCUUGAACAAUGGGCCCAACAACGAGGUCAUUGUAUCUGCGGGUGCGAUGGGAAGCCCACAGAUGCUGAUGCUGAGUGGAAUUGGGCCGAGCGAUCAGCUAAAGGCCCAUGGGAUCGAAGUGGUAUUGGAGCAGCCCAUGGUUGGGCAGAGGAUGGCUGAUAAUCCGAUGAAUGCCAUCUACGUUCCCUCUCCGCGGCCCGUUGAAGUUGCUCUCCUUCAGGCCGUGGGCAUUACCCGGUCCGAUAGCUAUAUUGAAGCCGCUAGUGGGCUCAGUUUCGGCCCCAUUUCGCCUCAAGCUCAACUUGCUAAAGAGGCUGCCCAGCCCACCAAUCUCACUCAAGAACAAGCAAGAGCCACAGCCACGGCCAAUGCUUCCACCACCUUCAACUCCUCUCUUCAGAGCUCAACCAUGCUCAGGGGAGGAAUCAUCCUGGAGAAAGUCAACGGCCCCCUCUCCUCCGGCCACCUCCGCCUCCUAGACCGGGACCCCAACACCACCCCCUCAGUCGUCUUCAACUACUUCCAGCACCCGGAUGACCUGAGAAAGUGUGUGGAAGGCAUGUCCACCAUAACCAAACUAGUCAUGUCCGAAGCCUUUUCCAAGUUCCGAUAUCCCGAUGCGACCGUGCAAGGCCUUCUAGGGCUAAUUGUGGCCAUGCCGGUGAACCUGCGGCCAAGGCGUCUCACCGCCGCCCUUUCCCUGGAGAAGUUCUGCGUGGACACGGUGUUGACCAUAUGGCAUUACCACGGAGGGUGCCAAGUCGGGGCGGUGGUGGACGCCGAGUAUAGGGUGAUCGGAGUGGAUGCGCUAAGGGUUGUGGACGGUUCUACGUUUAACAGCUCCCCGGGGACUAAUCCUCAAGCUACCGUUAUGAUGCUUGGAAGGUAUGUCGGGGAAAGAAUUCUGAAUGAGCGGCUCAAUGGAGGAGGUGGAGGUCAAUAAAUUAAAUGCACGUACAGCAAUAUUCAACAUUUCGGAAAAUGAUUGAAUUUCAGUUGUUGUUCGUGCUGCAUUUUUUUUUCGACAUUUUAAUAAUUAAAUCGUGUGUCUUUGUUGUUUUGAGGGUUAACUGGGGAGGGGAUUUCUCUGCAGUGUUAAACUGCUUGCUAUUUAUGAUUACAUAUAUAGAAUAUAUGUAUAAGUUGUUUUGAUAAAAACAAAGAUGAAAGUGGCAAACAUGUUAGAUUAUCAUUUUAUUUAAAAGUUUAAAUUGUUAGAUUAUGCACCAAUAAUAUACAUCAAACUUUAAUAAA